UUUAUUACGUCCCAUCCGACGGCGUAGGCAGAGCUCCCCGAAGAACGAAAUCUUGGAGGAUGUUGCCGUGUCUGCCUCUGCUCCUGCUGGUCACCCUGGCGGCGAGCAACGUUAUGAAGAGCCCCGAGGACCUCGAGAGCGAGAUGUUUCCUCCGGUUAACCCAAAUUGUACUCAGCGUCUUACAGACUACAUUCUGUUGAGACAAGAGAUUCAGCUAUCCAAGAUGGCCGCCGCUGAGGAGGCUAGGACUCAGCUGAUGAGGGAGAACUUGCAGGUGCUAACACAGGUCAGAGACACCUUGUCCCAGGUCAGCGAGACUUUGACUCAGCGAAGCCAGGUCAAUGGAAAGUCCCUUGUAGAAACUCGGAGGACAUGCGACCCCCCCUUCUCCCCCGUCGGCGACUCGUGUCUGUUGCUGAACCUGGCGCUGAAGAGUGACUGGGCUUCGGCACGUCAGUUCUGCGUCGGAAAAGGGGCUGACUUGGCUCGCUUCUCCGAUGCUGCGGGUUACGCUGCCAUUCUCGAUUAUAUUAAUAAAAUCAACUCGGAGAAUGACUCGAUUGACGUGUGGCUUGGUGGCACUGACGAGGCUCUGGAAGGGACGUGGUUGUGGGUCACAGGCGAACUCAUGCCCCGAGGACCACCGUUCUGGGGUUCCACAGACAGCUACAAGGCGGCGCCCGAUGGAGGAACGUCCCAGAACUGCGCUGGCCUGUACAAACGCGAUAAUUAUUACAUGCACGACCUUCGCUGCAACGGCGCUGCGGCUCCACUUUGCCAGAAAUUAUAACAAAAUACCCACAGUGCAUAUUCUAUCAUGGCAUACAUGAUGCCAUAGUUCUUCAGAUAAUUUUCCACAGAACAAUCCCAUACAAAGUAUUUUUAAGGUGUUAUGGAUAGCCUA